CAGUUACAAGGGAGGGACGGGAGGAGGAUGGGAGGAGGAGUUGUUGGUGGCCUCCAGGGGGCUUCUUUGUGUUGGAUUCAGCAGCAGCCUCUAAGCUGCAAACCCAUGGGUCCAUGCAAAUCUAGCUAUCAGUAAGUGUCAAGCCCAGCAGCGCCCAGCUCCAGCUCCCAUCCGCAGCCGUCCACACAUUGUCCCUCCAUUGGCAUAGAGCUACCUAGAGGAGCCCCCCCUCCCCACUUCCCCAAGCUAGUGCCCACCCUACAGAAGAAGAAGGUGACCAGCAGCAGGUAUCGCAUCUCAUCCUCCUUUGGGGCGCCAAAUAGUUCAACAGAAUGGUGAAGCUGGGCAAUAAUUUUAGCGAGAAGGGGUCAAAGCCUCCCAUCUGUGAAGAUGGAUUUGACACCAUCCCAUUGAUGACCCCCCUGGAUGUCAAUCAGCUGCAGUUCCCACCCCCAGACAAGGUUGUGGUGAAAACAAAGACCGAAUAUGAACGUGAUCACAAGAAAGGGAAAUUUCGUACCCCAAAAAUUGCUGAAUUCACAAUCAGUAUCAGUGAAGGAGUGUCGGAAAGAUUCAAGGUCACUGUCCUUGUCCUCUUUGCAUUGGCCUUUCUGGCGUGCGUUGUAUUCCUAGUUGUCUACAAGGUGUACAAGUAUGAUCAUGCUUGUCCUGAGGGAUUCGUGCUCAAGAACAAUCGAUGCAUCCCUGCGGCUCUUGACAACUACUACACUGAACAGGACACCAGUGCUCAAGGGAAGUUCUACACAGUCAUAAACCACUACAACCUGGCCAAACAAACCAUCACACGCUCAGUAUCGCCAUGGAUGACUGUCCUGUCAGAAGAGAAGCUGUCCGAGCAAGAGACAGAAGCCUCCCAGAAGUCAGCUUAGCUGUGCCCAUAAAUUCCAUAAAUUGUUUCUCAAUGUCGAGAGAACUCGAAAGAAACUUUAAAAAAAAAAAAAUCAAAUUAACUGCGCUGCCUCUACGGCAAAAAAGUGGUUAUAAUUCAUUUAGAAAUUACUUGUAUUUAUGUUUAAGCAAAGCACGCUUCUGUAUACUGGUAUUGCUGUGCAUACAUAACUGUACAGAUCAUAAAUGGAUACACAUCAACAGCAAAUCAGACAUAGUUAAAUGAGUAACUUCACAGCAGGGAAGCUUACUGAUUUUUUUUUUUCAUUUUUAUGGUUGUUUAAAUUCAUGUGAAUGAUUUGGUUGGGACCAAGGUGUCCUUCUCUAGGUUCAAAUUAGCGUUAAGAAAUUUGGCAGCCUGUUCCGGCAUAAACGCCAGCUGUCAUAAAUGUCGGCCUCUGGCGAAGCAGCCUGCUGGAUUUGAGAAUGUUACUGUGAACGUAGCCUUAUAUAAAGUAUCAGUUAGUAGGAUAGAAUGUAAAGAUUUUUUUUUUUUUUUUUUACAGAUUUAGUUGAAGAAUGACUAUGUAUGGUUACUGAAAAGUCCAUCCCAAUUCUGUCUAGGUCAAGGUUGACUUUGUAAGACCAUCACAAUUGUGUUCAAGUUAUGGUUGACUUGAUAAAAACAACUCAGUAGAGUCUAGGUUGCCUAAAUAAGACAAAACCAAUUAAGGUCAGGUUAAGGUUGACUGGCUAAGGCCAUCCCAAUUGUGUCUAGGUCAAAGUUGACAAAGUUAGAAUAUACCAAUUGUGUUUAGGUUAAGGUUAACUAGGUAAAGUUAUAUGAAAUGAGUCUAAAGGGUGUAUUAGACAGGCAGAUUUUCUGCCCGAUGAUCGCUAACAAGCGUUCACAUGAACCCUCGUUAGUGAUCAUCUUGCAGUGUAAUACUGCCGCUGAUUGCACGAUGAACGAGCAAACACUCGUUCAUCUGGCAAUCCAGAUCUUUAAGCAUGCCAGCGGUAGAUUGUGCUGUCUAAUUACGAUCCACCGCUGGGAAACCACUCUAUAGCAUUUGGACGAGCGAUGGCAUCAUGAUCUCUCCUCCCUAUGUUGCUGAGGAGAUUACUGCCUGUAAUAACAUCGGUCUCCUCAGCAAGUGAGCAGGCGAUUACCGGGAGGGAACACUUCCCUCCCGACAAUCGUCUGCGUGAUCGGGGUGUCUAAUACACCCUUUACUCAAAGCUGAAACAAUAAGACCAACACAGUUGUCUCAAGGCCUAGGUUAACUAGACAUGACCACACCUAUUGUGUCUAGGUCUGGGCUGACUAGAUAGCACUACACCUAUUGUGUCUAGGUUAAAUAGAUAUGACCAUACCUAUUGUGUCUAGGUCAAGAUUCAGAAGAUCGUAGAAAUUGUGGCAAGGUCUAGAUCAACUAAACAUGAGCAUAAUUAAGGUGGAUUCACAAGUGCCGACGAGAAACCGAUUGCGGGAAGGAGACGUUCCUUCCCAACAGUCGGCUGCUCACUCAGUAAAGGUGAAGCGCUGCCUUUAUAUGCAGUGAUCACUUUAACAGAAAGAGUACGAGUGGUUGCUAUUGCGAUCUCUCAUCCACAUACAGGUGCACUGUCUCUGGGCAGCAGAUCGCUGUUUAGCCAGCAUGAUCUGCUGCCCACAAAAGAUCAUUUAAAUGCCUGCACGAAUGACAGGAUCACCCGAUGAAUGAGCAUUUCACUCGUUUAUUGGGUGAUAUGCUGCACCUUCAGACAGGCAGAUUGUUGGGAACCAGCAUUCACGGGAAUGUUCAUUCCUGUGAAUCCACCUUUAUUGUGUCUAGAUUGAAUGGAUAUGACCAUACCUAUUGUGUCUAGCUCAAGUUCCUUAAGAUCAUACUAAUUGUGUUGAGGUUUAGGUUGACCAGAUUUAACCAUACCUAUUGUGUCUAGGUUGACUAGAUCUGACCAAUAUUUACUGUGUCUAGGUCAAGAUGGACUAUAUAAAAUCAUACCAAUUGUGUUGAGUUCUAGGUUGGUUAGAUACUUGUAUCUUUGUCAAGGCUAUCUGGUUGGUUUGUUAAAAAGUGGAGCCUCUCUUUGCUUCCAUUUCCGAACAUUUUUGGAAACACAACCAAUGGAUAUUUUUCUGCAUCAUAUUUUCAUUUUUGGAAUAUAAAUCAAUUUCUUUUACAUUUCAUUAAGACUUAACCUAAAAAAUAAUAAUAAUCCUCCUUAUCAUUUUUGCCUGUAGGUCAGUUUAAAGCUCUGUCAUUAAAAACUCUUUUUUUUCUGGAGCAAUAUCUGAAAAACUAUUGACAUUUUGACAUUGAAAAAAAAAAAACUACUUUUUUUUAACAUUUCUUUCCACUUUAUCAAAUAACAGAUACAUGCCAUGAUGAGAGGCUAUGACUGAACUAGUCUAAACCUGCAAUCUAAUCUUUCAUACACGAGGACAAAUAAUGUUCUGCAUUUGCAAUAAGAAUACACAAAUGCAUAUUUGGAAUGUAAAUCUCUAGAUAUUUUUGGAUGUUUUUAUACUUGAGUUCCGUGAAGUAGCAGGAAAUUUCUUAUGUCAGUGGUGGUUGUAAUUCUAGAUGAUAAAACGCUGUGUUGCUGGUUUAUGAUUUCACUGAUCACUAAAAGUGGCGACUUCAUGUGUGGUUAAAAGGCCUGAAACCAAGUGCUUGUUACUUCCUUGCAUUGGUGCAGUCUAGAAACUUGGGCUUUUGUGAAUGUAAUAAAUAGAAAGAAUCCUUCCUUUUUAGGGGGGAGUGGAGGGGGUCAGAGUAAAAAAAAAAAAAAAAAAAAAAAACAUUCUAUACAUCGAGACAGCUUUCUUAUCCUCUGGAAAAUAAAAAUGUAAAAAGUUGGAGCAAAUUUACUGUAGUACUUGAAAACAGUCUUAAAAUGAACGUUUACCUUUAAAAAUUUUGUGUUUAGAUCCAACUCUCUGCAGAUAAAUUUCUUAAUAUAUCUAAACCAAGUUCAGAGCUUCACACUGCCUGAAUAAACUGCAUCGUAAUGCUAAAGUUCUACUGGCUGUAGUGUCCACUAGGGGGAGCUUGGGAGCGUAUUGCAUACUAUACAAUACAAAAUGUAACAGGUUUCUAAGCUCCCCUUGGUGGUGAGUGCAGACAGCAAGAAUUGUAUUAACUAUCCCUAAGGAUUUGGAAUACAAAAAACUAAUACUCUGACCAAUCUAACUAUACUUUAUCCUAGAGAAAACUAGCAGGAUGCACAUCAUUGACCACAUCAUUUAUAAAACAUUACAAAAAAUAAAGUUGGGUUUGUCUGGAUUUGGAAAUUAGAUUGACUUUUUGCCAUAAAUGGUGCCACUCCUGUUUCCAGGAGGAUAAAUAAAAAAAGCUGGUAUUUAUUUCUAAUCUUGGAGAAAUUGGCAUUAUAUAGUUACAAAAUACAAUUAAUGGAAAAAAUGGCCGUCAAAAUAAUCAGAUUCAGAGCAAUGUGCAAAGUUUCACCUACUAUGUUCUUGAACAUUUGUUGAAUGUCAGCUUUGAGUGUCGAGAAAUCGCACAAAUAGAACAUAUACUAUAUGUAUCUGUUUCCAUAUGAGGAAUCGUUAUCUUAACCUAGACCGCUGUCAGGAAUUCUGCUUGAAUUUUCCUUAGUGAACUACUCUGCACAUUUACACCCAGUUAUGGACACUAUGUGUAACACUAAAAGGAUAUGUUAAUCAUAAGUAUAUAUGGAAAUAUAAAACCACUGUAGCACACACACGCACGUUUCACACUACAGUAUAUUACAUGCCACAUAUCACACCAGUUGGGUGUGGAAGGGGGAUGUGCUACUAAAUAUUUGCAGUAAUAUAAUAUGACGUCACUGCAAUCAAGUUGGUCACAAAUUGACAGCUAAUUUGCCACCAUGGACAAGGCCUCCUAUUCUUCUCCACACACUUGAGUACAUCAUUUUGAGUCAUGGUAUGUGUAGGUUUUUCCCUCAGAAGUUACCCAUUCCUAAGCUUUAAAGCAUGUUAAGAUUACAGACGUGAUGGUAGCACUAACUAAUGGGGCUGAUGGGGAAUUUUGCUACAGGACAAAAACACAGUUGGCUCUAAUAAAAAAUAAUCCGAGUGCAUUCUGAUAGCGCCCGCAUCUCACAGCUGUCAUCUGUGCCCACUUUUUCUUAAAAAUAUGCCUGGAUAUAAAUUUUAAGGUGCACAAGGUCUAACCUGGCUACUGUUUUAAUGGGAAUCUGAUCUGUCAUUUUGAUGGGAAGUAGUCUGUCUAUGUAAAUAUGUAGAGAACUGUUAAAAUAACCUAUGCCAAUACAUUUCUGUGCCUCUAUGACCUCGUUUGCUUUUAGUGAACUGGUAGACUAUAAUUUCAUACAUAUUGCUUCAGCCAACAAAAAUCCUGCAUUCAUCUUGUGUGUAAAGUUUGUAACUGUGGGUCAUAGAAUGGUGACUGGAGGCCUAGAGGUCUUACAAUGGUGAUUAGAGUUUUGUAGAUCAUACAGUAGUGAUUGGAGGCCUAUGGGUUAUAUGGUGGUGUUUGGGUUCUAUAGGACAUAUAAUGAUGAUUGGAGGUCUAUGGGUUAUAUGGUGGUGUUUGGGUUCUAUAGGACAUAUAAUGAUGAUGAUUGGAGGUCUAUGGGUUAUAUGGUGGUGUUUGGGUUCUAUAGGACAUAUAAUAAUGAUUGGAGGUCUAUAGUAGUGUUUGGGUUCUAUAGGACAUAUAAUGAUGAUUGCAGGUCUAUGGGUUAUACAAUGGUAACUGGGUCAUACAAUGACUAUUGGAGAAACAGGUCUUUACAAUGGUGAUUGGGGGACUAUGACUCAUUAUGUUGACUGAAGGCCUAUGGGUGAUACAAUAGUGAUUGGCGGCCAAAGGUUAUACCACGGCAAUUGUGUCACACAAUGGUAAUUGGAGGCCUGUAGGUCAUACAGUGGUAUUUGUAGGUGUAUGGGUCAUACAGUGGUGAAUGUGUGAAACAAUGGUAACUGGAAUCUUGUGGAUCAUACAAUGGUAAUUAGAAGCCUAUAUAUCAGUGAUGCUCAACCUGCGGACCUCCAGCUGUUUCACAACUCCGAGCAUGCCCUAAUAGCUGUAGUCUGUCCAGGCAUGCUGGGAUUUGUAGUUUUGCAACAGCUGGAGGGCCGCAGGUUGAGCAUCCCCGCUAAAGAUCAUACAGUGGUACAGUAACUGGAAGCUUGUGGGUCCUACAAUGGUAAUUGGAAGCCUAUAGAUCAUACAGUGGUACAGUAACUGAAAGCUUGUGGGUUGUACAAUGGUAAUUGGAAGCCUAUAGAUCAUACAGUGGAACAGUAACUGAAAGCUUGUGGGUCAUACAAUGGUAAUUGGAAGCCUAUAGAUCAUACAGUGGUACAGUAACUGAAAGCUUGUGGGUCAUACAAUGGUAAUUGGAAGCCUAUAGAUCAUACAGUGGUACAGUAACUGAAAGCUUGUUGGUCAUACAAUGGUAAUUGGAAGCCUAUAGAUCAUACAGUGGUACAGUAACUGGAAGCUUGUGGGUUGUACAAUGGUAAUUGGAAGCCUAUAGAUCAUACAGUGGUACAGUAACUGAAAGCUUGUGGGUCAUACAAUGGUAAUUGGAAGCCUAUAGAUCAUACAGUGGUACAGUAACUGAAAGCUUGUGGGUCAUACAAUGGUAAUUGGAAGCCUAUAGAUCAUACAGUGGUACAGUAACUGAAAGCUUGUGGGUCAUACAAUGGUAAUUGGAAGCCUAUAGAUCAUACAGUGGUACAGUAAAUGAAAGCUUGUUGGUCAUACAAUGGUAAUUGGAAGCCUAUAGAUCAUACAGUGGUACAGUAACUGGAAGCUUGUGGGUUGUACAAUGGUUUCUGGAAGCCUUCGAGUUAUAUAAAUGGUAACUGGAAGCAUAUGGAUCAUACAAUGGUAACUGGAAACCUAUGGGUUAUGCAACGGUAUUCGGAAAGAAAUCAAAGAGAAGACACUGUGCAAACUAAAGUUAAAUUAAGCUAAAAAAAAAAAAGCCCAAUCUUACUCAAGGAAUGCAAACCAACAUUUUCUAAGAAUGAUGUUCAUAAUGGACUAAGCUGGGAUCCAUCUUAGGUCAAAUGGUAUAUGUCAAAUUCAUGCAAAAACAUCCAUAAGGCUGACGUCUUUCUGCAUACAUAGACAUUUUAGGUAGCACAUAACGCUCACGUCUCACACAGUUACACGUCACUGGCACCGCACACUACACCAUUCACAGAUAGCCCUUCACUCCCUCCCUUACUAGUCUCCAACUUGUCUGCUGAUGACAAAUAGUACUUUAGAGACUAAAUGUUUGCCAUGAUUUUACUCUCAUGCUGACUGAAUGUUUGAUUUUUCUCUU